GGAAUUAAAAAACUCUCUCUCUCUCUCUUCGAUGCUCAAAGCGCGAAGGCUCCAUUGACGAUUUUCUCUUUCCUUUCGAUUACUACUUCAUUGGAAGACUCGUUCGGAGACUCAUUCGCAUUUCAAACAGCUGAACAAGCUACCGUCUGUGAUUUCUAGGGUUUGCUAUAUUCUGUGAACACGAUCCCCUGUUACAAUCUUGUCAUGGAUUAUGUUCACGUCGACGACACCAGCGGUACAGAUGAUGAUCUUCCGCCAUCGCACCAUAACAGACAUGCAAGAGGUGGCCGGGUCGCAGGAAAUGGAAGAUCUUUUGGAGGUUCUGUCCCAUUCAAUAGGAUGCACAUUGAUAUGGACUCUGAAAUUCACCAACUUGAGAAAGAAGCGUACAGUUCAGUCCUGCGGGCUUUUAAAGCACAGUCCGAUGCCCUUACAUGGGAAAAGGAAGGAUUAAUUACUGAACUUAGGAAAGAGCUUAGGGUGUCGGAUGAUGAACACAGAGAACUACUUACCAGGGUUAAUUCUGAUGACAUUAUCCGUAGGAUAAGGGAGUGGAGACAAUCUGGUGGACACAAUGGCUCUAUGCUGAGCACACCCCAGGCUGUUCAUGAUCUGUUACCCAGUCCAACAACAGCACGCAAGAAACAGAAAACAUCCCAAUCAGGUGCCCUAUCAGCUGGUGUGCCACUGCGGCCUUUGCAUUCUCAGGGUGAUGCUGCAUCCAUGCAGCCAUCACCUGCAGCUGCAAAACGAGGACAUCCAUUUGGAAGUGGUGGCAAAAGGCUUAAACCUGGUCAGCCAUUUACUGGUUUAUCGUCGGUGAAUUCCAUGCAGUACCCUAAUCGUAGUUCUUCUGGUGCUAUCGUGACAAAUGAAACUGCAGAAGCAGCAAUAAAUGAUCCAUUAAUUGGAAGGAAAGUGAUGACAAGAUGGCCAGAGGAUGACAACUUCUAUGAGGCUGUAAUAACUAACUACAACCCAAUUGAGGGUCGACAUGCUCUGGUCUAUGAUAUACGUACAGCGAAGGAGACAUGGGAAUGGGUUAAUCUUAAAGAGAUUUCCCCUGACGAUAUACGUUGGGUAGGUGAUGAUCCAGGAAUUCCUCAUAGAGGAGUGAAUAAUUCAUUAAGCCUUGGUGUUACUCCACGUGCUGGAAGAGGGAGAGGGGCAGCAAAGGAAUUGCCUCGGUUACAAAAUGGGUUAGGAAGGGUUUCAGAUGAAAUUGAAAUACUUCACACUGAAACAUUAUUAAAGGAGGUUGAGAAAGUAUUUGGUGCAAGUCAGCCUGAUAUUCUUGAAAUUGAAAAGGCAAAGAAAAUGCUCAAGGAACACGAACAAGCACUGAUCGAUGUGAUUGAAAAGCUUGCAGAUGCAUCCGACAGCGAAAGUGAUGGGGAGCCGCAAAUUUCACAUGGACAAUCAAGGAAUGGAGGAUGGAGAAGCAUGCACUACACUGAAAUUCAGUCCUGAGUUCAAGGCGGAGUUGAAUAGAUGUGAUUGUUUAGGAGCUGCGAUAGCAUAGCAAACGAUGAUGUGAUGACUAUUUAUUUACUUUUUAUCUUUGUAUGUAGCUAAUCUGAAUGUCUUCAUGCCCCACUUGGAAGGACAGUCAUUGCUAUAAAGCUGUUCAACAUUCCUUCA